AGCACGUUUCUUACACAGUCACGAGCGAUUCACUGGAUGAACUUUUGUUCUGCUACCCUCAGUUUUAUCUCAAUAUCUGAUUCAUUGUAACACCGUAGCUUUGUUCCAAAUGUCAAAAAUGAGCAACCUAAAAGCAAAACCAGAAUUUGUGUGCACUCUGCCAAAAAGUGCACUGGACAAGCUUAUGCAGGUUAGGAAAGCCUUCCAAAACACUCUCUCUGAAAAUCAACUUUUAAAAGAGGGUACAAAGACAGCCAGACAGCAAAUCAAACAGCUGAUGGCCCAAAUUUCAGUGGUGCGUGCCAAGCUGGACCAGUAUGAGAUCCAAGCUGGAAAACUCACUGAUGAAUCAGUGUCACGCAAAGUGGAAAUGAGCAGCGCCACCAAAGAAAAAGGGGAUCAGACUUACUCAGGUCAGACCAGAAACUUUGAAGUUGAGAUGAACCGUCUGAAACAGCAGCUUCAGCAGAGGGACAGCGAAAUCCUGAUCCUCAAACAGGAGAAGGACAGUCUGUCUGCCAAACUUGCACAGCUUCAGACACACGAGAAACCAACAUUUGUGUGCACUCUGCCAAAGAGUACACUGGACGACCUUAUUCAGGUUAGGAAAGCCUUCCUAAAAGCUCUGUCUGAAAAUAAACUUUUAAAAGAGGAUUCAAAGACAGCCAGACAGCACGUCAAACAGCUGAUGGCGCAAAUUUCAAUGAUGCGUACCAAGCUGGACCAAUAUAAGAUCCAAGCUGGAGAAGAAAGAGAGGAUCAGACUUGUUCAGAUCAGGCAAAGAUCCUGAAACAGGGGAAGGAAAGUCUGUCUGCUGAGCUCGCACAGCUGCAGAAACACGAGGUCUCUCUGAAAGAAACUCUGUGGAAUGAGAAAACACACAGAGAGAAUCUGGAGCAGGAGAAGAAAGUCCAGCAGGAAGAAAAUAAGAAAGUCCUGGAAGAGCAGAAAGUGGUGAAGGACACAGAAGACAUGCAGAAAAAAACGGACGAGCAGACCAAGGAAUUAGCGGAGGCAAAGACAGAGGCAGUAGAGACGGCAACCCCAGAGUCGUCCUCAUCAAAGGCUGAAAUAUCAACACUGGAGAAAACACAGGAAAUGGAGGAAAAGUUGUGUGUCAACAGACUGAUCCAGUUGGUGGUUUCUCAGGCCAUAGAAAAAGUCUCCUCUAAAUACAAGCUCUUCACAGAGCGCCUCACUCCUGACUGCAUCAGCGAUCGCCUGAUUCAGAAAAUCUGGCCUGAAAUCGAGCUGAAACAUUUGGAUCUGUCCCGAAAAUGGCUGAGAAAUCUUGACGAGGCCAUUCUCAAGGAUCUAUGCAUAGCACACAGCUGCAAGGACAAACAUUUGAUUAUGAAGCUGAGGGAACAGCUUGAUAAUAUUACUGUCCCAGCCUUCACCAAAAAGCUGUUGUCAUUACCAAGAAGAGUCCUCAGUGUCUCUAAACACAGAGAAGAGUACAAGGACAUGGUGAAAAACGUCACUCAAGAUCUGGUAAUGCACGCUAUGAGCCAAGAAAAUGAGACGACAACAUGGCAUCCAGGAACAUCAGAUUUUAUUAUACAGAGGCUUUCCCAUAAGAUCUGGACGGACUGGAUUGGUGCGGAGGGGCCAGGAGGAGGUGUUGGCCGUCCAGUUAGGGUCUGGGAUGCAGGUCAGGUCUGUUUGUCUCCACCCCGGGGUAACAUCUCCUGGGUCUAGGUGCGAUUUCCCCCUCUGGGGGCAAGAGUACCUGGACCUGGGGUAUAGAGUAUGUUUGGGGAGUGUGAUUUUGUGUACAAUGUCCAUUUCUAUCUGUAUUUACAUUGGGUGAGUGCUGUGUAUUUGUAAAAGUGUGCAUGAGGGUGGUAAUGCACAUUUGUGUCUGUGUGUGACUGUUUGUCUGUGCCUCUGGCCUCUGGGGCUGCGGCUCGGUCGGGCCUCUUCCGGGGUGUGGGGGCCCUCAGGCCUCCGGCAUCUGGGCCUGCGGCUCGGUUCACUGUGGCACAGCUGGCUGCCGGCAGAGCCCACGGGCACGCCACUGCAGCCCCCUCUGGCUUCUGGGAAGGGAAUUUUUUUGUUUUUGAGUGCCCAAAAUAACCCCUCUCCCAACUUCCUUCCCUCAUCACCAACUGGCCGAGGCAGAUGGCCACCCCAUCCCAGAGCCUGGGUCUGCCGAAGGUUUCUCUCUUUUAAAAGAGAGUUUUUCCUUCCCACUGUCGCCAAAGUGCUUGCUCUAGGGGGUUGGAGUUUUUGUGCAUUAUUGUAGGGUCUUGACCUUACAAUAUAAAGCAACAUGAGGGAAGUGUUGUUGGGGUUUGGUGCUGUUUCUUAAAUCAAAAUGUCCAAUUACAACAGGACAUUUUAAUGUAAGAAACAGCACCAAAGCACUAAAUAAAAUCAGAAAUAAAA